UUCCUGCUGCUGCUGCUGCAACCAAUGAAGAAGAAGUUAGCGUCACAACAACAACACUGCUAGCAGCGUUCGCCUGGAGGAGAGCGAGGUGUCAUUUUUUUCUGCUAGGUUGGAACAUAAUAACAGGUACGCUGGAAUUUUCUGAUACUCACUCGGACAUGUCCUAUGUCUUCAUCAACGACUCGUCGCAGACCAGCGUGCCUCUGCUGCAGUCAUGCAUUGAUGGAGACCUGCCUUUUGGCAAGAGGCUCCUCGAGACGGGAUGCGACCCCAACAUCCGUGACAACCGGGGCCGCACCGGCCUCCACUUAGCCGCCGCCCGAGGCAACGUGGACAUAUGUCGCCUCCUGCACAAGUUUGGGGCCGAUCUGUUGGCGACGGAUUAUCAAGGAAAUACAGCAUUGCACCUGUGCGGUCAUGUGGAUACUAUACAGUUCCUGGUGUCCAACGGGCUGAAGAUUGAUAUCUGUAACCACAAUGGAUCGACUCCUCUGGUACUCGCUAAGAGACGUGGGGUCAACAAGGACGCCAUCCGUCUUCUGGAGGGACUGGAGGAGCAGGAGGUGAAAGGUUUCAACAGAGGGACCCACUCCAAACUGGAAACCAUGCAAAUGGCUGAUAGUGAGAGUGCGAUGGAGAGCCACUCCUUACUCAACCCCAACCUGCAGAGCAGCGAGGGCGUCCUGUCCAGCUUCAGGACCACCUGGCAGGAGUUUGUGGAGGACCUAGGCUUCUGGAGGGUGUUGCUGCUGCUGGUGGUCAUCGCCCUCCUCUCACUGGGCAUCGCCUACUACGUCAGCGGGGUGCUGCCGUUCUCCACCAGCCAGCUGGAACUGGUGCACUGAGGGAAGACGUGGAUGAGGCUGAUGACGAAAGAAGCAAGGGGUAAAGUGGUAGUUAAAUAAACAAGGGAGGUUCUGCUUUCAGCUUCGCUUAUACAGAACAAAAAUCCAGAGUUUUGUUUAUUUGCUGCCCAGAUAUUGUGUUUUUUUAGUUGUUGUCUAAACCCAGAAACAUCGUAUGAUAUUGUUAGUAAAAAGCAGUGAUCCAAAAAACAAAAACAACUCACUUUCUCAACUAAAAACAUACUUACAAACCAGCUUACAAGUGUGACAGGUUGAGGUGUUUAACAAGAAGGUCCAGUCACUCACACUAAGAACAUGUAUUGGUCUUGUUUCAGUGCUUUGUAACAUAUCCCCUUUAAAACAAGCUGCUUUUGAAAACGUUGUGACUGAUUGAGAAAAUGACACGCUUGUUUUAUGUAAUGCAAUGACACCUUACUAUCCAGCUCCCUCUCUAUUCAUUCAUACUGUAUGCUCUGUUACAAGCUGUAUAUUGCCAAUGUUUUGCAUCUUCUUUUUUCAUAGUUUGUUAUUUAUCAAAUGUCCUAUAUUUUAAUUUUCCUCUAUGCUUAAUGUUUGUUAGAAUCCUACACCCAUGCUGCCUUUAUCCUGUUUGUUUUACAAAACAAUGGAAGUUUUAUUUAAAGGUCCCAUAUUGUGUUUUUUUUUUUUUUUUUUUUUUUUUUUUCUCUAAGCAAAUUACUCACGUUUCCCCAGAAUGUGUCUUCACUCAAAUUGCAUACAUGGUACAUGUCACUAGGACUGACUGAAACAACUCUGUUUUUAGUCUGGUUCUAAACAGGCUGUUUCAGUGUCUGUAGCUGCUGUCCCUCUUUCUUCAGGAAGAAAACUCUCUGUGAUUGAGGAAAACAGUUGACAGCUGACACCAAUGUAAAUGAGUGUGUCUUACUUUAGAGAAUGACAGUGGUAUGGUUUCUCACUUGUGUUCGGUGAGUUUGUCAGAUGAUGCCACGGUUAUAAAAUCUGUAUUUUAUCGGUGUAGAGCCAGUCAUUAUGUAGCGUUAAUUGGCUGCCUUUCAGUCGCUAUUUCAUACUCGUUUUGUUGUCUGACAACCGAAGAAGGAAAUCAUGUGGCUUUGUUGGGAAUUUGGCUGUAUUAAAAUAUAAGUGAGCACAGAGAUGUAAACAGCAGCUGGAUUUAGUAACAGUAAUCAGUCCAGUCUUAGCCACGUUAGCUGCACGUGAGGAUUGUUGUGGUGACAUUGCCAUCAAAAAUAACAGUAAUCCACUGGGUGUUCAGUUCCUCAGAUGCUGGCAGUGCAUUAAAACGCUUGUAUCCACUCUUACAGCCAACAGCAGAACAUUUGGUGAAUUUUUCUCGUGAUUAAGACUUUUUAGUUUUAGCAGAAACAGCCGUACAAACUAAAUAAACCUGGAGGACUGAGAGGCAAGAAGCAUUGAGCAUUAAGGGGCAGGAUUAUGCAGUUUUUUUGUUUUCUUUUUAGCUAGGUGACUGUUGGUUACCCAAUUUGUACAUAAUAUCAGAAUACAAGUCUUACUUUUGCGUAAAACUGGAAGGACAUCUAUAACACAUAUGGCAUACAUCUUCACAGCUUUUAUUUUACACCUCUAAGUUUAUAAAGCAUAGAAAACACUAUACUCACCAUAUGGGACCUUUGAAGAACAUUGUACUCUUGACUGGAAACUGUUUUGGGAACUUUGAUUUACUGAUGUUGUGCAGUAAUGUCGGAUCAUCUGCUUACAGAGUUGAAAAAGCACCUUGACUGCGCGCCUUUUGGGAGAAAGCUUCAUGUUUCGCAGUAGCUUACUCAGACAUUCCCUCCUGCAGCAUGCAGCUUUGUUACUUUAAAAUCAGCCAUGUUGUCGUAAACGUGUAGGCACCGUGCGCACAAACUGUAGGAUUCUGGCAGCAGACCAACAGUUGUUCCUUUUGUUGUACAUUCAUGUUAUCUUCAAGUUCUCAGUUCAAGUUUUUCCACCAUUGAUUUUUCCGUGUACAUGACAUCGAGCAUUUGAAGUAAUUUAAUGUAGAAAAUGAAUAAAAUCAUGUGUAUGAA